AUGGAGGCUGACUGGGAUGAGAUUACACGGGUUGCCGUGCCUUCGUCCGGCCUGCACGCGAUCCAUGCACCGGCCAGUUCCAUUGUUUUUGAUGAUCUACAGGAGCUUCUGUGGGUGGGAAACGAUCAAGGACGAGUCACAUCGUUCUAUGGGUUUGAGCUUCAAAGAUAUGUCUCAGUCAAGGCGCAUCUUGGAGAGGGCCCGGUCAAACAGUUAUUGGUUCACGAAAAAGGGAUCCUUUCCAUUUCCGCUUCAAGUGUUCAUUUCGUAACCCGUAAAGGUCUGACCCAGUGGCACAUUUCACAUCACUUGAUGACCGACUUACGAUGCAUGACUUUGACGGCAACAAACAAUUUACUCCUGGUGGCAGGAUGCCAGAGCACAUUUUUCAUCAUUGAUAUUGACAAAGGCCAAAUCGUUUCAGAGCAUCCAGCCAAGGCAAGCUACACAAUCAUGAAGAAAAGCCGACACAUCUGUGCUGCAACCGACGAUGGCAAUGUCCAUGUUCUCAACCUUAGCAACUAUGAGCUUUUGAAAACCUGGAAAGCUCAUGCUACAGCGGUCAACGACAUGGACGCCCGCAAUGACUUCCUUGUUACCUGUGGGUUUUCUGUGAGACAGCUAGGGGUUCCAAUCGUAGAUCCACUGGCCAACGUCUACGACCUCAAAAAUCUUACAUCUCUUCCCCCAAUUCCAUUCCACCCAGGCGCUGCAUAUGUACGCUUGCAUCCGAAACUACAAACAACCAGCUUCGUUGCGUCGCAAACAGGUCAGAUGCAGGUUGUCGACCUCAUGAACCCAGUUAACGUCAUGCUCAAACAAGCCAAUGUUCAGUUCAUGUUGGGCAUGGAAAUAGCAUCCUCCGGGGAUGCUGUAGUGAUUUCGGACACCAACGGCUUGAUUUACCUUUGGGGCUCGCCAACGAAACUUCGGUUCAACAAUCUCAGCAAGGAGACAGAAUUUGCAGACCCAGCACCCCAGCAAAUUCCGCAUGUUGACUGGAACGACGCACCUUUAAAUACCAUUGGCAUCCCCUAUUACUCAGAGCCACUCUUGUCAGCCUGGCCAAGCCAUAUGACCUUUGAUGUUGGCGCUCCACCCACUCCGGUCGACCCGGCACUGUUGUUCCAUAUGCAAACAGCAGAAAUGGGCCAUUACGCUCCUAAUUUGAAUCCCCGCAAACUUCUUCGCUACCAGGUGGAGGAUACCCGUGCAGGGCACAUGCCAACAUCCAUUGCGGCACCCAAGUUUCUCAGCGAGAAGGCAAAAGAGAUCACGCCGACAGCAAAUGGACGAAAGCUUUCAGAUGCGGCAGAGUCCUUGGCCGGAAUCUCCUUGAAUGGGCGAGGACAAACAGAUGAGGAACGCAUGCUCAAGUACAGCAACGUGGAGAUCAAGUACAGUCGGUUUGGGGUGGACGAUUUCGACUUUCGCUACUACAACAAAACUCCCUAUUCGGGAUUGGAAACACAUAUAGCCAACUCGUUUGUUAAUUCGAUUUUACAACUGUACCGAUUCAUUCCCUUGAUACGGAAUGUCGCCAUUCAACAUGCAGCAUCACCGUGUGUGGCCGCCAAUUGCCUACUGUGUGAGUGUGGGUUCCUUUUCGACAUGCUCGAAAAGGCCAGUGGCCAGAACUGCCAGGCAACCAAUCUGCUCAGGGCGUUUGGUGCUUCCCGAGAAGCAGCAAACCUCAGUCUCUUUGAACAUCUGUCUCUGACCAAUGGUACACCACUGGCGACAACGAUCCAAUCAGUGAAUCGAUUCUUCCUGAAACAGAUCUCACAUGACUAUCUGACCAUGAUACCCAAGCAUGAUGGUAUAGAUGAGAUUCUUGCGAGCAAUGCGUUCGAAGCCAUUCGAUGCAUGUACUGUAACAAUGAGACGACGAAGCCCGCGAGCACGUAUGUGCAUGACCUCAUUUAUCCGCAGCUUGAUCCCAAACAUGCUUUGAGAAAUCCGAUAUUCAAGUUUGCAUCAAUAUUAAAGACGACGAUCGAACGGGAGGCCAAAAACAGGGGUUGGUGUAGUAGAUGUCGACGAUAUCAACAACUCGCUAUCCGUAAGACGGUUCGAAGACUCCCGUCGGUUUUGAUGUUAAAUUCAGCACUUGGCAACCACGCUAAUAUGCGUGGACUGUGGGAGACACCCGGCUUCUUGCCUUCGGAAAUUGGCAUCACCAUUCAGGACAGGAAUGUGUACUGUUUCGAAGGGACAGAUCUUGCACUACACUUGCGCAACAAAUCAUCCAACAUGGUGGUGUAUGAACUGGUUGGGUUUGUGGCAGAGAUCGACGCUAGCGAGAGACAUCAACCUCACCUGGUGAGUAUGGUGAAUGUUGAAGUGUCGAACCCUGGGCCAGAGGUGGCGCCCAAUCACAAGGUGUUUCCGAAUUGGCAUCUUUUCAACGAUUUCUUGGUAACACCAGUUGAUCCGCGAGAAGCAUUGCAUUUCAACAAAGGGUGGAAACUGCCCAGCGUUAUUGCGUAUCAAGUGAAGCAUGCUCAUGGCAAAUUAGACCAGACAUGGAAACAACAACUUGACACGACGCUACUUUAUCAACACUACAGCAUUAACGGGAUUUACCCUAAGGGUGAGUGCAAAUUGCUCACGCCGGACGAACAUCCCCGCGAAGGAACCCCAAUUGCGCUUGAUACGGAAUUUGUGGAAUUGGAAAGGGCCGAGAUCAACGUUAAAGCCGACGGAUCACAAGAGACGAUCCGGCCAGCGAAGAGUGGACUUGCACGAGUCAGUGUCCUUCGAGGGAAUGGAGAGGCGGAAGGGAUGCCAUUUAUUGAUGACUAUAUCACGAUUUUUGAACCGAUUGUCGACUACAAGACACAGUAUUCUGGGAUCAAACCUGGCGACCUAGAUGCGCAACUAUCCACUCAUAAUCUUGUUCCGCUCAAAGUUGCUUACAAGAAAUUAUGGAUUCUACUGAAUCUGGGAUGUGUUUUUGUUGGGCACGGACUUGCUUCUGAUUUUCGGAAGGCAAAUAUUCACGUCCCCAAACCGCAGACGGUCGACACACAAUACCUCUACCUGGCACCAGGCAAGAACCGACGAUUUUCGCUGCGAUACCUUGCUUGGGCGGUGUUUAAGGAAUACAUCCAGGAGGAGACAUCUGACGACGCACAGGUUGACGGGCAUGACAGUAUUGAAGAUGCUCGGAUGGCCUGGAGGCUGUGGCGCAAGUUCCAGGAAUACGAAGACGCCGGGAUUGUGGAGCAGAUGAUCGAAGACAUCUACCGCAAAGGGACCAAGUACGGAUGGAAGCCUCCGCCAAGGAGUAUCGGAGGGACCUUGCUACCGGAUGGGAUGGGCACUGGGGCUAACAGCGCGGUGCAGAGCGGGAGAAACACUCCGGACCUCAACUCAUCAACGACGGCGUUGACUUUACCUACCUCGCCACCAACUUCGAGAAUGAUGGGUGGAAGUGGAGGCGGAAGUGGAGGCGGAAGUGGUGGGACAUUCAAAUUGAAUGCUGCAGGGGUGGGCGCUUUUGUGCCGGGAAAUGGAAUUCUGAAAGAAAGUCCGCUGAGAUGA